AUGGAAGACAAUCAUGAGGAGCUAGGGGAAUGUUUGCCUACUGAACAUGAACAUACACAAACUGGAAGAAAGGAUCUAUUGAAUAUUAAGAAAAUUACAUUCAUCCUUUUUAUUAAAAUUAGUAUCUACGCCCUUUUUAUUUGCUCUCUAUACGAUUCCAACCAUGGCACCUUCUCCAAGACACGGAACACCCACUGCAACCAAGGGAACAAACCACAUGUUAAGCCUCGCGCAUUAAUAGAACAGGGUCCAGUCUAUUUUAAUAAGUAUUCUAAAAUUAACGGAUAUUCAAAAUUAUUUCAUGUGCACGAUGAUUAUCCAACAUUUAAUGAAGGAACAUAUUUAGGACGAAAUUUAGCAGCACUUAAAUCUGAAGGGGAUGAAAGGACAUCACUACCAUUUCACAAUCUAAUUUCAAAGAUUGAAAAUGGCAUAAAAUAUUUUUUAAAUGAAAACCAUUGUCCUUCAGAAGAAGGGAUAGAAGACCAUGAUACGUACACAAAUAUUCCUAACGUAUUGACAGAAGACCACGAUCCGGAGAUAGAAGACCCUGACGAAGAGACCGUAGACUUUGACGCGGAUAUAGACGAACAGGAAGAAUUGGAUGAAGAAGAGCAACGCCUUAAAAACUAUUUAGAUUCCUACCUGAUUGAUGAAGUACACUUAAAAAAUAUUCAUGAUUUUAUACAAGAAACCGAAGAUUAUGCUAGGAAAUAUAAAAAAAAAAAGUAUGAUUUUUUUCAACAUAUUACAGACCUUUGGAAAAGAUUCAAUAGAUUUAUUAAGAGCAUUAAACGUCGUUUGCAUAAACUCAUGAUAUAUAGCAAACAUCACCACAUUAAACUGCUACUAUCUGCUAUCAUCAGGCUGCUUUCCAUAUUGUUUCCGUGA